GAUAACUCUGGGAGGAAAGAAGCUGCAAAUGGGACAUGUUCACCAAUAUAUUCGAUGCAAAGUGCUUCUAGUCUUGAUACCGGCAAUAAUGCAGUGGAUGCCAUGAAAGAAACUUCUGAUGUUGCAAAUAAAAAAGAAACAAAUAUGCAUAGGAAUCCAUUCUUUGAUAAAUGAGAGGCCCUCGGGAGAAGCGUUUUCAGGUGCAUAUCAUGAAUAUUUUGAAGUUCAAAGACAUGCCGAUCAGUUUCCUGGAACAAGCUUCCAAACUGAUGGAAACAAGUUCGUGGCCAACCCUCCAAAUACAAAGUUACUAAAUACGGAAGAUGUUGAUCAUGAGCAAUUGGAUCCUCAAAAGAAUCCAGGUUCGGCAGAGAGUUAUGGCAGUGGACAUGGAAGCUCGUCGAGCAAAGGUGAAAAUGAUCUCCCUCUGGUCGGUAGUUCUGCGAUUCAAUGGGAGGAUCUACAGCUGAAAGAGGAAAUUGGGAAAGGUUCUUUUGCAGUUUUGUAUCGUGGAAUCUGGAAUGGAUCGGACGUUGCAGUCAAGGUUUACACUGGUAGUCAGUAUGAUGAGACAUUGCUCGACUACAAAAAAGAGAUUGAUAUUAUGAGAAGAUUGAGACAUCCAAAUGUAUUGCUGUUCAUGGGAGCAUCGUGCACGGAGGAAAAAAUUGCCAUUGCCACCGAAUACAUGACCAGGGGGAGUCUCUUUAAAACAUUACAUAGGAGCAACCAAUCGCUGGACAUCAGGCGUCGUCUAAGGAUUGCUCUUGACGUGGCUAGAGGGAUGAACUAUUUGCAUCACAGAAAUCCACCAAUAGUGCAUAGAGACCUGAAAUCUUCAAACCUUCUAGUUGACAAAAGCUGGAACGUCAAGGUAUUUUGUAGGAAUAUUUCACUGGAUCACAUCAUUUUACUGCAUCCAAGUAUUUAGAAAAAUCAAAAGUACUU